UUCGCUGCGGAUCGGUGUCGGAAUAUUGUUGGCCAUAUAUAGUGCAAGUUUUGCCAUCGAUAUGCGUCGAAUUCGUCGGCGGUUAAGUCUAUAGAAAGCUGUGAAAAAAACGAAAUCAACCAUUAUGGAGUUGACAAUACUAAAUUGGUUCGAUGUGAUUUCCGUGGCGCUGACUUUUCUGGUGAUAUUCCUAGUGCAAGUGCUCAACGUUUAUUUGCAUAUACUCGACGAUAAUGUCGAUAACGCCAAGUCGAUCGAUGUGGUUGAUAAAGCCCUCGCGAAAGAAUGUCCAGUACUGGAACCCGUAGCCAUAGCCACCACCACUCCUCCGAAAUCCCCGACAUUGGCCAACGGAAAGUUGGAGAAGCAAAUAAGUCUGCUGGAUAACGAUAGCGGCAUCUCAUUGAGUUCCAUCAACACCUGUUCAACAACUGCAGCGAACUCAUCUCCAACAUACCGAACACACAAUGGCUUCCACUCUUUUCCCUCGCACACGCUCAGUUUCGAGACCCUGGGCGAUGAGUACCACGAGGACGAGGAUACGCUGUCGCUGGAGAAUCUGUUUCCCUGCGACCAAACCGAGAUCUAUGCCUCCAAGAAGAUCAGUUUCAUCAUUGACGAGCUCAUCCAGACGGAAGUGAACUAUGUGAACAACCUGAAGAAGGGAAUGCUGAACUAUGGGAAGCUAAAGGAUGUGGAGGAUCUGCCAGAGGGACUAAGUGGCGAUGCGAAGCAGAAACUGCUGCUGGGCAAUGUCGAGGAGAUCCUGGAACUCCAUGAGCAGGAGAUCCUGCCACUCAUGCUGCGCAACCAGCGGGAUCUCAAAGGUCUUUUCGAUGAGUUUGCCGUUCACUUCGAGAAAAAUCGCUUUUACUGCUAUGUGAGCUUCACCAUGGGCAAGAAGUCUUCAAUGCAACUGCGGCAAGAUAAUCGACUAUGGUUGCAGACAUAUCAAACCCAAAUAAAAGACAAGCUGGGCAUCGACAGCUUCCUAGUUCAGCCCAUCCAAAGACUGACCAGAUAUCCUUUGCUCCUGCAGCAAUUCAUAUCGGAGUUCUACAAAAGUGGAAUUAGUUGCAAGCCUGUGCUGACUGCCGUUUGCAAACUGGAGACGCGAAUGCGACGUGCUCUGGAUGUGGUAAAUCAGGCCGAGGAGAUUCCCAACAUCGAGGAGCUCAAUGAGUUGGACCUCCUGCAGAUGGGAAACUUCCGGCGCUCGACGGAGUUCGACGCCCAGCACUUCCCCACCCGGAAAAAGUACCGCUCCAAGGUGUUCCUCUUCGACCGCUCCUUGGUCUGCACGGAGGUGCGGAAGCGGCGGCUGGCCUACCGGCAGCACUUCCACUGGGAGCACGUGGAGCUGCAGAGGCCGCUGGACUCCAGCUCCGCCAAUGCCAACAAGACCAUCAACCUGCUGGUGAAGCAGCAGGAUGGGGGCUCCAGUGGGAGUGGGAGGCGGGAGGAGUACUCCUUCGUGGCGGCGGAGGCGGCGGUGGUGAAGCAGUGGCUCCUGGCCACCCACAAGAUCAUCGAGAUCGCGCGGAACGAGCACGCCCGGAGGAACACCUUCAGUUUGCCCAUGGACCUGGUGCUCGGAGUCGUCGUGGCCAUCUGGCUGAUAUGGCAGUACUUGUAGAGAACCCAUGUCCUAUUCCCCAUCCACUCACAACUCUAGAUCGUAGAUAUCUAAGAAUAAAGCUAAGUUAUUUCGUA